CCAUCCUAGCUAAUCAAUCCAUAUUUCAAUCUCAACUGCAAUACACAUGGCUUCCCUCCAGAUCACCAAGAUGGAAUCCGAAAUUCCUACUGAGCUUCUCAUAGCUCACAUUAUGCAACUCCAUGCAAGCAUAUCCAAGCUCGACUCCCUUCGCCCUUCGAAGCAAGUCAACUCCCUCUUCACCCAGCUGGUCAAGUUGUGCACUCUUCCAUCUUCGUUGGAUAUUCAUGACUUACCCGAAGAGGUCCAAAUUAUGCGCGAGAGUCUCAUUAGUCUCUGCAGCCGAGCUGAAGGUCUGUUAGAGCUUGAGUUUGCCACACUCCUAGGGAAAACCUCUCAACCCAUGAACAACCUUAAUCUUUUCCCCUACUAUGGUAAUUAUGUCCUGCUGGCCAAUUUGGAGAACAAAAUUCUUAAUGACAGUGGGGUGGUGCAUCCUAACAAGGUCGCCUUUAUCGGGUCAGGACCAAUGCCUCUCACUUCCAUUGUAAUGGCUACCCAUCACAUGAAGUCCGCUCAUUUCGAUAACUUUGAUAUCGAUGACAAGGCCAAUGAGGUGGCUCGCCGGAUUGUUGCCUCAGACGCUGAUCUAGAGAAGAGGAUGAAGUUUGAAACUCGUGAUAUCAUGAAAGUUCGGGAGAGGCUUGCCGAGUAUGAUUGCAUAUUUUUGGCCGCUCUGGUGGGAAUGAACAAGGAAGACAAGGUGAAGAUUCUCGGGCAUAUUAGGAAGUAUAUGAAGGACGGAAGCUUUUUGCUUGUGAGGAGUGCGAAAGGGGCUAGGGCAUUCUUGUACCCUGUUAUUGAGGAGCAUGACUUGCUGGGCUUUGAGCUUUUGACAAUCUUCCAUCCCAAUAAUGAGGUCAUAAACUCUGUUGUUCUUGUGCGCAAACCUAUCUUUUAAGUUGUCUUCUACGCAUACGUUAGUGAUUUAUACUUCUCCAAGUGUGGUUUACUUCUUUUCUUUUCUGCAAGUAGACAAUAAAUUGAGGGCUACUAGAUAGUGGUAGGUACUCUCCUCUAGUUCUUGUGCUAUGGGAUACAAACAAUGUUGUUUUCUUAUUAUAUCAAUCAAGAAAAGUGUUA